AUGGGCGACGCGUCUUCGUCGUCCUGGCCAUCCACGGGCGCCGCGGCAGCGUACGACUACGAGCGCGAUCCGCGGUGGGCGGAGUACCGCGCGAGCUCCGCCGUGCCGCCGCACCUCUUCUCCCACCCCUACGUCCGCGCGCAGCUCCAGCAAAAGUUCUACCGCCGCUUCGUCGAUCCUGAUUUCUCUGUUGAAGGAAUGUCCUCAACCACAUCUACCCAGCCCUCAGCAUCUUCAGGUGGUGCAUCUACUUCAGCUGAUGAGAAUGCAAGGUCUCCUGAUUCAGGCACCAAUUCUUCUGGACCAGCACGAAGCAUACUGUCUCUACAGUUGGACCAGCGGUCAUUACAUUUUUCCGUUAGUGCUUGGGUUCUUAUUGUUGCCUUGAUUGGCAUCUUUCCAUUGGCACCGCAUUCCCUCCAGUACAAGGGAUAUAGGUUGUCACUUCUUGGCACAACAUGUACUACAGGCUAUGCUUUGUUUGCUUUGUACAGGCUACCCCGAGCAGGGAACCUGCAGGCUGUUCAGGCCUGGUGUCACCAUGUAACUUCAUCAAAGGAUUUUAUACCAUUCAUGUACUGCCUUAUGUUUGCUACAUCUAAACUGCACUUGAAGCUUGUUUUGGUACCUGUAAUUUGUUGGGCACUUGAACAUGUCGCUCGAUUUCUACGCCGCCAUUUUACUAACUCAUCUUUGUACAGGUUAUUUUCAUCUUUUCUGAGCUUCUACUUCCUACAAAGCCAUAACAUAGCAGUUUCUGUACACUGGUGA